AUUAUAUAUUGCUAACUAAAUUGUGUUGAGAAACACUGACUCACUUUAUUUAAAUUAAUAAUAAAGAUAAUGAACUUAUAUAACUAGACUACUAUUAUCUAUACUUUUCAUAUAUCCAUCUAGUUCAAGUUAACCUAUUCUGAAUUAUAAGUAAAAUUACUAAUAAAAGAAAAUGUCUUCAAAGAAAUGGUUUAUAGUUGGUAUUUCGGGUGCAACAUGCAGCGGAAAAACUACUUUGAGUAAUCAACUUCAGAAGGAGUUGAAAAAUUCAGUGGUAAUACAUCAAGAUAACUAUUUCUUGCCACAAGAUGAUCCACGACAUGUAAAAAUAAAUGAGCUUAAUCAUUUCAACUGGGAGUUGAUAACCAGUAUGGAUAUGGACAAAAUGUAUUCAGAUAUUUUACAAUUAAUUGAAUCGUCACCAAGUAAAGAAAGUUCUUCAGAAACAAUUGAGAAUAUAUUAAUACUAGAUGGGUUUUUGCUUUUUAAAUGUGAGGUUAUUUCAAAUUUAUGUGACCGUAAAUAUUUCAUAACAUUAACAAAAGAAGAAUGUUGGGAAAGAAGGAAAGGAAGAGUAUACGAACCACCAGAUGUUCCUGGGUAUUUCGAAAAAGUAACAUGGCCAGAAUAUGUAAAGCAUAGAGACGAAUUAAUAAAAGAUAAUGAUUUUUGUAACACGACAACAUUCAUUGAUGGUUCUAAAAGUAAAGAAGAAAUAUUUCAAAUGAUUUUUACGGAAAUAAAAAAAUUAUUAUCGUAAAAUCUUAAUUAUUAUUACAUAUAAAAAGAAAAACACUUAGAACUAUAAAAAAUAAAUAAAUUGGUUUUGCAUAUUUAGCUAUCAUUUAACAGAAAGAUGAUGAUGUUACAAACAUUAGUUCCAAAAAAAAACAUUCGUUAUACAUUCCAAUGUUUCAAUAUUUAGAAUAAGAUAUAACUAAUAUUCUGAAAUAUUUUCUGUAAUAAUCUCUAAAUCAUUUAUCUUAAAUAUUUUUUUGUUAAAUUUGAAAUAAAGUAAUUGCAAUAUCAUACAUUUUAAUUCUGUAUAUUAAAUUUCCUAUAUAAAUGGACAAUUGCUUUUUACUGAGCUGAAGAGCUUAGUGUACUUACCUGGCACAAUUGUGUAUUGAACGAUUUCUUUUUUUUUUUUUUUUUUAUAAAUGAUAAGUACAUUUCUUAUAUUUCUUCACUUUUCUUUUUGUGAGAAAUGUAUGUACAUAUGUCAUUGUUGCAUUAUCAGAAUUGAUGAAUUUUUAUGAAUUUGAAAAUGCCCAUAUAUGAAUAAAAUGUGAUUUAUGUUAAAAAUGUGAUAAUUUUGCAGCUAUGUAUCACAAUAUUCUAACUACAACAUGUACAAUUUCUUUGUUGCAUUGCAUAUAAAGCCUGCUUCAGAUGUUAAGUAAUUACAAAAGAAAUAAUUUUAAAUUCCAUUCUAUGCAUAGUAUAUUUUGUACAAAAACUAAUGAUAUAAGGCUUAGAAAAUAAAGCAUAUUUAAAUUAGUAACUCCUCACAGACGCUUUAUAACUUAUAGCUUAUCUAUCAGCCUUCAGUUUUAGAAAGAUCCAGAAAGGAUACAUGUGUGAUUUACUAUAAAAAGGAAAUUUUUUAAUUUUUCAUAUUUUUUGUUACUUUUAUCAUUUUAAUAGCAAUUAUAAUUCCACAUAAUGAUAGAUAGCAAUGUUCUUUUUAUUUUGUACAAAAUAGAUUAUGUUUAGCCAAAUUUUGGAUAUUCAUUUUCAUCCAAAACAGGCUUCUAAGUCAAGUUCAAGUCUCUGCUUUCAACAAGAUUUGCUUCGGUUUUUCUCUUUUUUAAUAAAGAUAACGCACAACGACGUGUAUAUGUUACAUGGAAUAGGUGCUAUGUUUAGAUUGACCUUGCACAUUUGUUACAUUUGUUGGAGCAGGUCCAGGUGUCUGAUCAUCUUGAUCAUUCUGUCCACAAGCUUUUCGAACAUAUUGUGGUGUAAGAACAACUUCUUCCUCCAUUUCAAGAACUCGUUUGUCCAGUUCCAUACAUGCUGCCAUUUCCUUUUCUAAUUUUGCCAACAUCUGUGGUGAAUUGUAUUUCUCUGGAUCAUCGUGAAACACCACCAUACCAUCUUUUUGAUUGAUUGUUGCAAAAAUUUCACCAUCCUCUAUCUACAAUCAUAAACAUAAAAUAUCUUUAACAAAUAUCUGUAUAUACAUUGUUUUAGAUAUAAAUAAAAAAUAUAUUUACCAUGUUUAAUAUAUAUUUUUCUGCAUCAGCAGGUCCAGAUAAUUGAACCCUACUAGCCACAUCACUUAAACUAAGAGUCAAAAAAGUUUUUGUCAAUCUUUGUAUAUUCUUUUUAUAUAAAUAGCUGAGCACUUGUUUCACCA